AUGCUCACCACUCAGUUAUAUUAUCCUAAACUUGUUUAUGAACGUCGGAUAAAUCCACAAGGAUUUUUAAAGGUAGAGCUCAGACAACCGACUGGAUUUCAUUGCAAAGGACCACGCUGUAGACAUCAACCUAUCCACUCCUCACAUUACUACAAUCCUCGUCGACAACCAAACAAGCCAUUGAUAGGCCUCAGGUGCCCGCUGGACAAAGAAAGCCAAGGAGCCUUUCGGACAUAUAGUCGAAACGAGUACAUUCAGGACAUUUGCAAGUUGAAUAACUUACAAACGUGUUCUAUUUCAUCAGACCCCAGCGUUCAGUCCAGCCCUUCAGCACAUAUUCUCAAGCGAACCGGAGACCACCUUACCAAAUCUAUGGCUGAACCGAAACGUACGCGCUUACCUUGCGAAGGCAUCCAUGGCAUAAGUACACACACAGGUAAAAGCAAGCCGGGGAAUCGCAAAUGCACGUGGCAAGUGUGUCCCGACUGCUGCCGACCUCAGCGAGAAGCUACUGGUACCCAGUGUUACACUCAUGAAUCUGCCGAGCGUGCAAAAGCCACCGUAGUACCUAAUACUCAACCGUUUCUUGAAACCGUUUUGGAAUCCGCCGCAAGUGGCAGCACCCAAGCAACUAUCCAAGCAACUUUAGCUGAAUCAAAUACGCAACGCAAUGAAGUCGAUCAAUCUCAGCUGCUAGGGCCAGCGCCUCCACUACACCCUUUGGCUCUCUCUCCUGCAACUAUGCGAUUCUAUCACCUCAAUCGGUCUCAGGAAGAAGAAGCUAAGCGUGCAGAAGAAGCAGCUGAGGCUAGCUGUGACAAAAACAUCUCAAUUUCGCUAUGGUUCAAAGCAGACAGCGAUCCCAUAUCUUUCAUGUUUGCUUCUAAAUCAAUGAAGCAAUAUGCGAUAUCUGAGUGCGAAGCUUUGAUCAUGUUUAUAAAGGCCACCGACCCGCAUUGGAAUCAGUGCCUGCGUGUAUACGAUGUGAAAGCGGACAGAUGGAAUAUAUCGUUAGUGGGGACUUCCAUCCCCAUGGUGACACCGCUUCGUGAAGCUUUAGUAUGCAUGACUACAGUAGAAGAUCCCAAGUUGUGUCGAGGACUGACCGAUUUACAGGAGAGGCUGGUUCCAGUGAACCGCACGUCGAUCAGAAGCACAUUGGAUUUGCUUAGAACCACACCGACAAAUCACCAAUACACGCCUGGAAGCAUCUCAGCUCGAUCGAGCUCAGUAGUGUCAUCUGUUUCAUCCCAACAAUAUUCAACGCCUGAAAUGACGCCGGUCAAUAUCAAAGAAGUCAACAAACGGCAAGCUCGAAACACAUCGCUUUCUGCCUAUCCCAUUACCAAAUCACCUCUAGCUUCUGCCAUGAAUCACGCCAGCGAAAAUGCGAUUGCCGUCCCAGACGCUCAGCCGGUCAUCAAUGUCAUCAAUCCAGGCACAGGUCCUAAAUUCUCACGUAACAUCUUCAACGACAACGAGCCUGACAGCCCCCCAACCCAACAGACGCCAAAUUUUUUCUCAAGUCCUAUCACAGACCUAACAGGGCCGGACAAACAAUUGGCCAAUCACAUCAACCAAAGUGACUAUGAAUCAGAUCGGAGUGAUUCAAGUCGCCGAGGCGAAGAAACUAGACCUUCUAUGACUGGACCUCCGCCCCCGCCGCAACCUGUUGAUACUGAACCCCCCACCUUCCGAAAAAAAUCGAAAGCUAAAAGAAGGACACGUAAGACUGGUCUAUGGCCACCACCGGAAUUGCCGAUGAAGCGUAUGAUUAAUUGGCAUGCAAAACAUUUGUCGACCCCAGGCAAGAAGCAAGUGUGGAACGACUUCUUCGCGGCUGACCAUGAUUGGAAUCGAACCGCCAUGUAUCGGUACAUACGAUGGAUUACCAUUGUAACUGAGGAGCGAUGGGAUGAAUGGUUUAGGGAGUGUAAACGAAAUCAUGUAGACACGACGUUUGCUUCUGCGAAGUUAUCUUUUGGUGAAGAGCUAGCAGACGCAUGGUAA